UUACUCCUCAUAUGACUCAAGCAUACUACACUGGGAUUGCAGCUAAUUGCGCGGGAGUCUUUCACGUAUAUGUAACGGAUUGUAAUGGAAAAGUGAUACGUGAUAAGGGAAAGGUUAAUUGCGCCCAGGAACACGUACUUGAUUGGUAUGAUGCCCCAAGUUUGUAUUGUGUUCAUCUGUUACCGCAAUUACGUCCUAAAGACAAUCGAUACAAAAUGGUUCAAGUUCCCGAAAAAUAA